GCGCUGACGCGCUGCUUAUUCGAGAUUGCGCGAAUCUUCGUCUCGCGUCUAGUCGUCGGCUCGCACCGCGCCCCCGCUGCUGGAAGGAUGGACGGCGUCGUUCUCGGUGUCUUCGUCUUCGUCGCCACUCUGUGCGCGGCGACGGCACAGGUCCGAAACGUAUCGUUCAAGAGUUGCGGUGGAACCGUGAAGUCGGUCCUGAUACAGCCCUGCUCGUCGGAACCGUGUGCUAUAAAGCGUGGCGACACAGCGAGGAUCAACAUGGCCUUCACUUCAAAUCAGAAUUCUCCAACCUUGUUGAUGGGUAUCAGUGCUGUUCUUGAAGACGAUCUUGAGCUUCCUCUGCCUACUUCAGAUAGAGAUGGCUGCCGGGGAAGAGGCAUUCGGUGCCCCCUACAGCAGGGUUCGGAAUACACAUUCAAGUAUGGUCUGGAAGUGAAGCCUUUUUACCCAAAAUUGAACACAACAGCCAAGCUCAAGCUUACUGGAGCAAGAGGGACUGUUGCAUGCGUCCUGUUUCCCAUUCGACUGGUUGAUUGAACGGUUCCAAAGGAACUCUUCUGGAAUAGCAUCUA